UCAAGAAAAGGGCGAAGAAGACUAGAAAAUGGUGUCGUGUCUGCCACGAUUUAUUGGUCUUUUUUUACUCUAUUUACUAUUUACUUUAAAAGAAUGAUAUCCUUCUAGUUCAAAGAACGUUCACUUAUCACGGAAAUCUAAUUGGUAAAUCACACUUCUCGUGUUUGGAAAAUAGCAAAGCACACAUCACGUUAUGAUUUCCUGUCAAGCGGCCGGCAGGUUUCUUUCACAGGUCACAGGUCACAGGUCACAGGUCACCAAAAAAUACGCUAAAACGUCAUAAAACAGAUGCAUACAAGUGCGUCCCAAGUGCGAAAAAACGCAUAGGGGAAAUCAGUUGUAGCACUGAAAUAAAAAAAAAUUGAUCCAAAGAAAGCUAAGACUUAUUUCUGUUGAAAAUAUAAAUUGUUUGUAGCCUUUCAAUAUAAUAUGAAAACGAAAGAGGCUUACACUGAUCCGUGAAUUAUGCAUUUACUUACGCGUGAUCUGUGAACCAAUGACUUUUGCGGGAAUAAUUCACUUUUUUUGGAGAUUUUAUCGUCAUUAAAGCUCGUAAACUACACCAAACUAGAUGUAAAACCUGCCCAUUCCACGCGACUGAGAACUAACCACAGCGACAGUGAACCAGGAGGACCUAGAAUCUAGUCUGUCACGAUGUGUCACACAUGCACACRGCAUUUCGAUGCAUCAAAAUGGAGGGUUCUGUAUGUUUUGCGAAACGUGGAUAGAAUUUGUAUUUUUAUGUAACACAUGAUUUAGCCUUUGCAUUUUUACGUGAAAAGUGAUUUUUUUCUGUUAACGUGAAGCUGUUUUCGAAUUUUUUGUGAUGCGUGAAAAGGCCGAUUACAAUGCGUGAAAUUGUUUUCAGAGUAGGUAUAGGGAACCUUCUUGUUUCUGUUUAGUACACACUCGUUGUAAAGAUUUCAAAAAAAAUGUAGAAAUAAAACAGUUCAAUUUACUAUCAUAAUGAAUUAUCUUAUUACGAUAAAAUAUAUUAACGCUACAUCUCUGAAAGCUACAUUUCAACCCAUUUCGUACAUAUACCACCCCUAGAAAUUUUUUCAUUAAAAUUAUAGAAUAAAACAUUUUUAGUUAGGGUUUGUUGCAUGGAAACAUCGAUAAACCUCUCGGGAAUCUCAGAAAUUGCUACAUCGCGAAAUUUACUGAGUGUUUUGAUUGUGACCUGUGACCUGUGAAAGAAACCUGCCGUCAAGCGGCAAAUUUGGUCUAGCCCUACCCUACCCUAGUAAGUACAUUAUCCUGGCCUAUCUAACCCAGUGCCCUGACGUGCAAUCCUUCGGCAUCACGAUUCAGCAUUUUCAUUAUGGACGUUCUUUCCAAGAUUUUCAAUGCAAAGUUCAUUUUCCUGUCGUUUUUGGCAUGUGUCAUUCUGUGGUUGGUGUAUAAAUUCAUAGAAGAAAAGUUGUCUCCGCUGCAGAAGAUUCCCAGCCCACCUGGCAAAUGGCCUCUGGUCGGCCAUCUCUUCACUUUUCUUCGUGGGGAUGUUCUUGAAUUGUUACGCUCGUGGAGUGAGCAGUAUUCACCGAUGUUUGUUUAUCAUCCAGGAUUGAGGACUGGAAUAGGUGGUUACACAGUAUGUCUGACAGACCCUGAGUUAAUCAGAUAUGUGGCAGUCAAUGGACACAAAUUUCACAGACCAGACUUUGUUAAACGACAGAUUCCAAGUAUUGGCAAUGGUUUGUUUUCAUCGAAUGGUAAAGCACAUGCUCGUCAGAAAAGGAUGGUUGGUCCUGCAUUUACUACAAAGAACUUAAAAGGAUUUUCAAGAAUCUUUCAAGAGAAUGUUGAAAAUCUUGUUAAGUUGUGGUCAAGCAAGCUUGAAGAUCCUGUUGCAGUUCACGAUGACUUAUCGCACCUAACCCUAGAUGUUAUUGGUCAAUGUGCAUUUGGUUGCAACUUUAACACUGUGCUGGCGGGAGAGAGUAAAGUCUCUGAAGCAGUUAAUGCUGUUAUUGGCGGAAUGAGUUUCAGAUAUAUGGUAUGCAAGGGCUUGAUUCCUUUUUUUGAGUUACUGCCAAUUGCUGAGACAAGAAGAAUCAAAGAAGCUAGAGAAAUAGCAGACAACACAGUGCUUGAAGUGAUCCAAGAGCGUCGUAAAGAGAGGAAAACUGGGAUUGUUAAAGAAAAGAAAGAUCUUCUUGAUUUCCUGAUGGACAUGUAUGAUGAGGAAACAGGCACAAAAAUGGAAGAUGAGGAAUUACGAGCUCAGGUGUUUACUUUCAUGGUGGCUGGCCACGAGACCACUAGUGUGGCUCUUGCCUGGACUCUCUACGAACUGGCAAAGAAUCCCCUCAUCCAGGAAAAAGUGAGAGCUGAAAUAAACACAGUGCUCUGUGAAGGUGAUGAGUUGACAUGGGAUACAGUCGAAGAGCUCAAGUACCUUGAAAAUGUCAUCAAGGAAUCUCUGCGACUCCACCCCCCUGCCCACCUUACUGGUCGUAUUCCGAUCUCUGAUGAAAUUGUUGGGGGAUAUCUUAUUCCUAAGGGGGCAGAUAUUUUAUUGCCCAUCGAUUCAUUGCAGCAUAUGUCUCAACAUUGGCAAAAUCCUGAUGAAUUUUAUCCUGAAAGAUUCAACGAGAAAGAUGGCCGAUCAAGUGUACAGCCUUACUCCUACUUUCCAUUUGGGGUUGGCCCGCGCAUGUGUAUCGGUAAUAAGUUUGCUAAGAUGGAAAUGAAAGUGAUGUUGGCAAAUUUGUUGAAGACCUUCUCUUUCAGCGAGGUUCCUGGGUGUACAGUUAAAGCAGUUCCAUUGCUUACUGCCCGCCCAAAGGGACUUGAACUGCUUAUAAGACUCGCAGAUCCUGAUAACUGAAGAGCUCAUAGCUAGACAGGCUCCGUAUUUACACUAUACCAGAGACGUGCACACUUCGAAACAGGCUGUCAGUCCGGAAAGGUCUAGGUUCGGGUUAUGUUGACGAAACAUCACAAAACAGGAUUUGAAACAUUUACGACUUCCUCGGACGGGUGUGGUUCACUUCUCUCUUGACACUCAAAGUAUGGUUCACGAGUGUCACCUAUCGGCACGUCGAGGAUAGAAAAGCCACGUAUUAUUCUUUCAGCAGCACGAACCUAACGAAACGCGACAAUUCAACUCGGAAUAACAUAUGACUUACUCGUAAUGUGUGCGACGUAAGUGUGCCAGAUUGCAAAUUCCAAUUUUAAAAACUACGCAACGCCAACCCGUGGUUCACAAUCCGUUCCACCAAUAAAUGGAUGUCAAACGAAUGCACCCACUGCUGCAGGCCUUAAUUGCAUGUUUCGAUAAACCAGGCGCUCCCGCUAAAACACGAGGAGCGUACCUGUUUGAAAUCACUCAGUUUCUUGAAUGUUUCUCGCGAAAAGAGUGUGCAGUAAAUUUAGAGUAUAGACUUGAGACGUUUUAGCUCACUUAUAUAUAGUGACAGACCAGGCAUCUUUUCGAGCAUGUCACACAUUGUAUUAGUAUUAAAGGGCUAGGAUUCUAUAUCUUACAUGUUUGGCCCAACACCCUCAACACCAUUGUGGGUAAAGAAAGCCCAGGGUUUUCCUCUUGAGAACGGAGUGGAAAGAAGGUGAUAUAUUUAGAUUUCCGCCCAGUUAGCCGUUCUCCCUCAAAUCCCCCUUCCAAAAGAUUCUUCCGUGUUUCGCCGAUAUCUUCAAUGUUUGCAUACACUACACCCAUAGUUGAGUUUGUCUCAAGGCUUUUAAGAUCUUUCCAAAGUUUGGCUUGAGAGCAAGGCACCCCAAAUAAACGUUGUCCCAUUGUACUUUUUUGAGGGGAAAGGUAUGGCUUAAGAUACACUGAAACAAAGUGGACAACCUUUUGACAUGCUAACUCUUUUGCACCUUGUUUGUACUGCUGGCUUGUUUUAAUAGUUCUUUUGGUCACCGUGUCAACGCCUGCCUGGUUAAAGAGCGCGUUUUGUAUGUCUCGGUGUGUGGAAACUUGUUUCAACGUGUUACUGAACUUUGCAAGGGGUUUAAGUCAUUCGC